AUGGCUGCCGAACUGGUGGGUGGAGCUUUUCUCUCUGCUUCUCGUCAGGUUCUGUUUGAUAGGAUGGCGUCUCAAAAGGUGGUUGACUUCGUUCGUGGAAACAAACUCAAUGAAGGGCUGCUCAAGAAGUUGAAGAUCGUGCUAUUGUCUGCUAACAGAGUGCUGAAUGAUGCUGAGAUGAAGCAACUCACGGACUCAGAUGUGAGUAACUGGCUUGAGGAGCUCAAAGAUGCAAUCUAUAUCGCAGAGGACUUGGUGUUCGAGAUCAACACUGAAGCUUUGCGAUCUGAGAUUGAAGAUCACUGUGCAGGAAGCAGCACAUUUGUUAAGGUACGCAACUUCUUCUCAUCUAGAAUCGCUGUUAAGGAUGUGGAAGCCAGGAUGGUGGAGAUCGUUGACACGAUAGAAGAUCUUAUGGAACAAAAGAAACAUCUUGGUUUGAAAGAAGGUAGUGUUCAAACCAGACCUUUCACAAGAUUAUCUGCAGCUACUUUAGUGGAAGAAUCUGAUAUUUAUGGGAGGGAUGCUGAUAAGGAAGACAUCAUUAAGUUGUUGCUAUCUGAAUCUGAUGAAGCAAGUGGAGGUAGUGACAGAAUAUCUGUGAUUUCCAUUGUCGGCAUGGGUGGGAUUGGCAAGACCACGCUUGCUCAGUCUGUUUACAGGACUAUUGAUGACAGGAUCAUGACCAAACCUUUUGACAUCAAAGCUUGGAUUACGGUGUCAGAAGAAUCUGAUGUUUUCACAUUAACAAAAGCAAUUUAUGAGACGUUCACCGAUUCCCAAAAUUGUACCAUCAAGGAAACAUUUCAACUUCAACUUGAACUGAAGCUUUCUUUGGAAGGGAAAAAAUUUCUCUUAGUUCUCGACGAUGUUUGGAAUGUGAAUUAUAAAUGUUGGUAUGAUCUAAAGAGUUCAUUUGAAUCAGCCAUCUGGAAGUAA